GAGUCAGCGCCACCUGGGGACGAAAAAAGGAACUAAACCAUGCCGAGAUUUUGGCCCUCUAGCGGGAAAAAUGCGAACUAAAAUUCGAACCUCGGGUCAGCGCCUUCUGGCGGUAAAAAUCGCAACCAAAUUUGGAACGAGAUGUAAGGGGAUACAAGCAUGUAAGGGAUGCAGGGAUGUAAGGAAUGCAGGAACACAAGGAAUGUUGGGAUAUAAGAAGUGCUGAGAUGUAAGGGGUGCAGACAUACAAAGGAUAUGAGGAUACAGUGAUUUGGGAAUAGUCCUUGCAAGGUCCAUGAAAAGAAUGAAAAAAAUAAAUAACUGCAAAGAGAAGCCUUGGUCCAUAAAGAGUAGGAAUAGGAUAAAGUGGGAAGGGUGGUCCUCGCGAGGCCCAUAAAGAGAAAUAAAAUAAUAAAUAAUUAGGAAGCGUGGAUUUAUUCCAUAAAGGAGAAUAAAAUAAUUAAUAACUGAAAAGGAUGGACUUUAGUCCAUAAGGAACGAUACAAUAAAUAAUAAAGUAACUGGAAGAAGUGAGGCGGGGCUCAUACGGAAGGAUAAAAUAAUAAAUGAAUGGGGUGGUCGGCUGAGGUUUAGAAGAGAGAUAAAAUCAUAAAUUUUAUUCCUCUUUGAUGAGCUUGUUAAUAAGCGGAAAAAAUAAAUAAAGUAAAUUAAAUAAACUCCGAAGGGAAAUUAGAAUUACCCCAGGAUGAUAUCAUGUCGGUAUGCAGCGAGGAGUCACCAUUCGCGAUCCCUGACACCCCGGAUGCCAUUAUGACGAUAUGCAAACUCAGGCAAACCAAGUACACCCAGAUCACAAGUAUAUACAUAAGUACAUCAUCCCUUGGGGACUCGUUUUGUUCUAUCCGCCCCAAAGAAUGGCGCUCUGGUCUCUAUUUGGACAUACGAUUCGCAAAAAUGUUUAUAUUACGAAUAAAUUGAUGCAGGGAUUUUUCUAGGAUCUGUUGGUAAAGUUUUCGACGCUCGCAUCACCUUAAAUAAAUAACUCACAAAUGAAAUUGGAUGUCUGUUUGAGGUGCGGUAAAAGAAUGACUGGUAAAACAGGCACGAUUAUCAUACUGGCUGUGCUCUCUGCAUGCAGAUCUAAUCUCAUCUGGGAGUGUCUGGGACCCCCUAAAUCGUUACCCUCGAGAACAAAAGCAUGUUCGGUUCUUUUGUAUCUGUAGUCACUGUUAUAAGCUGGAAAACAACAUGUAUAUAAACACAUAUAUAUAUAUGUAUAAUGUGUAUUUACUAAAAGUAGUCCAUCACGUCCAAACUCAUUUUAGCGCAGAGGUUUUAUUUUUAUCCGAUCGCUGAGGCGAACAGUUUAAAAUAAACUUGCAACAAUCUAGUAACGUCUGGACAGUUCUAUUCGUCUUUUUAAUACGAUGUGGAAGCGGCAUCAGCCUCAGUAUCGCAUUACGGUUUGUCGAAGGAGUAACUGUUAAAGAAUCCAUCAUGACAAAAACAACAAACCUGAGUGCACGUGAAUGGAAGGAAAAAGGCAAUGAGGAAUUUAAUAAAGCAAAUUGGUCGGAAGCUUUAAGUUGUUAUACAAAUGCACUGAAGCUUACGAAUGAAGAUAAUUCUGAGAAAGCAAUAUAUUAUAAGAAUCGUGCUGCUGCGUAUCUCAAACAGGAAGAAUAUAAUAAAGCAAUUAAAGAUUGUGAUGAGGCUCUUAAGAUAUGUCCAAAUGAUCCUAAAGCAUUGUUUCGCAGAUGUCAGGCAUUAGAUGCACUAGAAAGAUUUGAGGAAGCAUAUCGUGAUGCAAGAUACAUUAUUUCAGCAGAUCCUGGUAAUAAAGCAAUUCAACCUAUUGCUGCGAGACUGCAUGAAAUUGUUCAAGAAAGAUAUAGACAAAACUCUCGUGUUAGUGCCAAGGUAUCCCAAAUGAUGAAUAUAGCUUUUGAAAUGAAAGGAGACAAUGAAAAACGAGAACAAGCAAUGAACAAUUUACUUGUUCUUGCCCGAGAAAGAGCAGGGGCAGAAGUGAUGUUUAAUGAUGGAAUUGUUUCUCAAAUAACUAAGACCCUUAAACUUGAGAAGAAUGAAGAAAUAAUAACGAUUGCUAUUCGAAUAAUUGCAGAAUUAUGUAAAGAUAAUAUCAAUAUAACUGAGAUUAUUAUAAAAGAUAUAGGUAUACCCUGGUAUUUAGAGAUGAUUAAUAGUAAAGUUUUAGAAAGGGUAAAUGCUGCUCAGUACUGUUUACAGACUGUACUCAAUAGUUACAGUGGAAUGGAUAACAAACCAGAUUCAAAACCAAAUCAAGAAUUAUGUGAGAAAUAUAAUAAGGAAAUUGAUACCAUCUUAUCCUGUUUAUUGUACAGUAUAACGAGUAGAACAAUUUCUGGAUUAGCUAGAGAUGCAAUUAUAGAACUUAUAAUGCGCAAUAUUCAUUAUACUGCAUUAAAUUGGGCAGAACGUUUGGUCGAACUUCGUGGUUUACAACGUUUAAUGGAAGUAGCAAGUGAGCUUGAAGAAUACAAAUAUGAAUCUGCUAUGGACAUCACCCCAUCUACUAGAACUGUAACCAGCGUUUGUUUGGCAAGAAUUUAUGAAAAUAUGUAUUAUGAUGCAGCAAAAGAGAAAUUCAGAAAUGCUAUUGAUGAAUACAUUAAAGACAAAUUACUUACCCCAGAUAUAGAAUCUAAGGUUCGCAUUGUAGUUGCAAUAACAACAUUAUUACUUGGUCCACUGGAUGUUGGAAACACUGUAAUUGCCAAAGAAGGUAUUUUAGAAAUGAUACUAGUUAUGGCCGGUACAGAUGAUAUAUUGCAACAGAAGGUUGCUUGUGAAUGUAUCGUAGCUGCUGCAUCAAAGAAAGAUAAAGCAACAGCGAUUAUAAACCAAGGCGUGAAUAUAUUAAAGAAAUUGUAUCAAUCUAAAGACGAUUCGAUUAAAGUACGUGCUUUGGUAGGAUUGUGUAAGUUAGGUAGUUCGGGUGGUACAGACGCCACAAUAAGACCAUUUGCCGACGGCGCAACAAAGAAAUUAGCCGAAGCUUGUAGAAGAUUCUUAAUUAACCCUAAAAAACAAAAGGAUAUGAGAAAAUGGGCAGUGGAAGGAUUAUCUUAUCUCACGUUUGAUGCUGAGGUGAAAGAGAAAUUAAUUGAAGAUAAAGAAGCGAUUCAAGCAAUGAUUGAAGUUGCUAAAACCGGAGAUCAGUCUGUAGUUUAUGGUGUUGUUACAACAUUAGUAAAUUUAUGCAACGCUUAUGAUAAACAGGAACUUAUACCAGAAAUGAUAGAAUUGGCUAAAUUUGCAAAACAUCAUAUACCAGAAGAACAUGAACUUGAUGAUGUAGACUUUGUAAACAAGAGAAUAAUCACCCUAGCUAAAGCUGGGGUAACAAGUGCGUUGGUUGCGCUUUCUAAAACGGAAAGUCAAAAUAGUAAGGAACUAAUAGCACGUGUUUUCAAUGCAAUUUGCAGUCAACAUGAAGUACGAGGAAUCGUCGUUCAACAAGGUGGAGCAAAGGCACUAUUGCCAUUAGCUUUAGAUGGAACAGACAGAGGAAAGAAACAAGCAUCACAAGCUCUUGCGCGUUUAGGAAUUACGAUAAACCCAGAAGUUGCAUUUCCUGGGCAGAGAAUAAUGGAAGUAGUACGGCCAUUCAUAAAUCUUUUAAAUCCAGAAUGUUCUGCGCUUGAAAACUUCGAAGCUUUAAUGGCUUUGUGUAAUUUAGCUGGUGUUAAUGAUAGUGUUAGAAAACGAAUUUUGAAAGAAGGAGGUUUCCAGAAAAUUGAAACUUACAUGUAUGAAGAUCAUGAAAUGUUGAAACGUGCAUCCGUUCAAGUUAUAAAUAAUUUAAUGAUGUGCGAAGACACUUUAAAAUAUUAUGAACAAGAAAACGACAGAGUUAAAUAUUUGGUGAUUCUCUGCGAGGAUGAAGAUUUAGAAACAAGCAUGGCAGCAGCAGGAGCCUUAGCAGUGCUAACAUCAUGCAGCGUAAAAUCUUGUAUAAAAAUAUUUGAUUCGAAGGAUUGGUGUGAAUCGUUACGUUAUUUACUUGCUAAUCCAAAUGUUGAUUUACAACAUAGAGGAGUUGUAAUUGUUUAUAAUAUGAUUAAAAGCAUGAAAGAUGUUGCGGCAAGACUAAUUGAAACUGAUAUCAUGGAAAUUUUAAUGGCUUUAACAAAGAGUGAUACUGUAGAGAAUAAAAAAGUAAAGGAGCUAGCUGCCGAAGCAUUAGAAGCUGCAACAAAAUGGGAGCUCAUUAGGAAAAAUGCAGAUGAUGAACAGAUACCAGAAAAUUCGAAUACUUUGGAAAAUGUUGAAUAAAUAUCUGUAUAUGCUAAGUUAGGUAUUCUAUGAAAUGUGAAAUGUACUUAACAAUAAUUAUAUUUUACGCGACAAAGUGCCUUGUCUUUCGUAGUAAAUAGCAUCACUAAAAGACUAAA